AUAAAUAGCAAUAGCAAUUUCUUUCCAAAUCACUCUCAAGAUUUCAUUUGAAAAUACUUGCAUCAAUAUGGCCAAGUUCGCUUACCUGUUCCUCUUCGCUCAAGCUCUGCUCAUCCAGAGCAUCUACAGCCAGUGCGUGCCCGUCAACAGCUGCGGUGGACUGUCAUACGGUGGACUCAGCGGACUGAGUGGAUUGUCCUGCGGUGGACUCAAUGGACUUGGCGGAAUCUACAAUGGACUCGGCCUUGGUGGUCUGAACAAUGGUAUCAUUGGGAACGGCGCAUACGGAGCCUCAAGCUAUGGCGGAUACGGAGGCUCGGGCGUCGGUGAGAUCGCUGCUCUUGGCCAACUGGGAGUCGGAGGACAGACCCUGAUCGAGGGCAACCUCCCGACCAGUGGAUACGUCACCUUCAGCGGAAACCUUCCUGCCGCUGGCCUCGUCACCAUCGUGGGCAACAACCCCGGCAUCUGCAGCUGCGCCUGCCCCAACCUCUACUACAUCGCCUACAGCCAAUGCGCUUACGCACAAAACGGUAUUGGCCUUGGAAACCUGUCUCCAGCAAACCUUCAGCUGCUCAACAACAACAAUCUCCUCAACAAUGGCAUCAGCAGUGGUAUCGUCAACCAGAACUUGAACAACGCCUUCCAAAACAACGCCUACGCCGUUAACAACAACCUUUUAAACAACGGUUUGAGCAGCGGAAUUCUGAACAACAACAUCGGAUGUGCCAACAGUUUGUUGAACAAUAACGUUGCCAAUAACAUUCUAAACAAUAACGUUGCCAACAGCAUUCUCAACAAUAAUGUUGCAAACAACGUUUUGAACAACCAAAUCUUGAACAACAAUCUUUUGAACAACAACAUCGGUUACAAUGGCAACCUAAACAACGCCAUUUUGAACAGUGUAGCCAAUGAAGUUGGUUACGGCGGGAUUGGUGCUGGAGAGGUCUCUUUCCUUGGAGAGCUGCCAGUGGGUGGUCAGACCGCUGUCAACGGUAACUUGCCUGUGAUUGGUGUAGUGCAGUUCGAUGGCAGCAUCCCCGCCAGUGGAUUGGUCAGUGUCUACGGAAGCACGCCAAGCUUGUGCUGCCAGUGCGGCGCGCAAUAUUAAGUGUUAGGAAAGUUGUUGCGUUAAUAAAUGUUGUUGUUAAGUUAUAA